AUGAAGUCGUUGUCGGUUCAAUGCCCCGGGCAUUCCCUCGGCGGCAUGCUUCGGGCUCUACAGACAAGAUCAUUUUCUUCUCAGGCAGCAGCUACACCGGCGAAUUCUAUCAGAGACAUCCUCAACAAACCAAAGCAUGUACCAGACCACUUGUCACCAACCAACUCCCGCCUCCUGACCCUCUCGCUGUCAGACUAUCUGCCCCCUGAGUGUCUUGCGCCCCUCCAGCCGCAGCCCUCACCGUCCAGGAAGCCAGCCCACCCCCUGCCACAGGGCCACCACCUCGUCUAUUUCCCCAUCCAGGCGCGCCCAUCGGAGCUCCAUCCCGAUGGCACCGACGCAGACCACUGGCCGGGACGUCCCUUUAUGCGGCGAAUGUGGGCCGGCGGCGAGGUUCUCUUCCGCCCAGGCUGGGAGAAAGACAUGCCCCUCGACGGCCGCGAGGCCGUCUGCACGGAGACCGUAGAGGAAGUCCGUCUCUCGGGCGAGGGCGACAAGGCCAAGGCGUUCGUCGACGUCUGGCGGCGGUACACAGUCGCAGAUGGCGGCAGCGACGCGGCCCCGGCCAUCGAGGAGAGGAGGACCCUCGUCUUUAUGCCCGAAGUCGAGGCUCUCACAGGCGACGUGGCGGCCGCGGCUGCAAAGAGCCCACCGCGCAUCGUCAAAUCACCGCACACGCCAGACUACGCCUUCGCGCUGACGCCGAACCGCGCGCUGCUCGCCAACUUUAGCGCCCUCACGUACAACGCGCACUCGAUCCACCUCGACGGCGCGCUGACUCUGGCCGAGGGCCCCCGCGCGCUGCUCGUGCACGGCCCGCUGACGCUGGCGCUCGCGUUCGCGGCGCUCCGGGGCGCCGCGCCGCGCGAGGGCGUGCGGAGGCUGGAGUACCGCAACGUGGGGCCGCUGUACUGCGGCGAGCGGCUCCGGGUGUGCGUCCGCGAGAAGGAGGCCGGUUCAAGGACGGGGCCUGCGGACGAGAGGAGGUGGGAUGUGUGGGUGGAGGGGCCGGCGGGCGGCAUGGCUGUCAAGGGAACGGCGGUGACGGGGGCAUUUUGA